AUGGACGAGGUGAAAAGAGAGAAAUCACCCGAAAACGCCGAGGAACCUCUUGCCUCUGGCGAACAGCAGAUUGUGAUCUCCUUGGAAGGAGAAAUUAUCAAUGCCUCCGGUCAUGUCGAUCAGCUGGAUCGCCAGUAUGGACUGUUGAGCAUCUGCGGUCUCGCAUUGACGGUCGACAAUGCUUGGGUCGCCCUGGGGACAUCGCUCGCAGUCUCUAUCUACAACGGGGGCGCGCCGGGGGUGAUUUGGGAGCUGUGGAUUGCCGCAUUCUACUACAGCUUUAUCAACGCGUCCAUUGCCGAACUUGCUUCCUCGGUGCCUUCUUCUGGAGGCGUGUACCACUGGGCCACCAUCACCGCCGGACCCAAAUGGGGCCGUCCUGUGGGUUUCUUCGCUGGCUCUUUGAACUAUUUCGGCUGGCUGUUUGACCUGGCGUCCAUCGCGUACAUCAUGUCGGAGCUGUGCGUCCAAAUGUACUUUUUGUACCAUCCCGACUACGUCAUUCAGCCUUGGAAUCUCUUCGUUGGCUUGGUUUGCAUCAUAAUCCUGUGCCUGACAGUCACCAUCUUUUUCAACAGCAGCCUGGCUUACCUCCAACACUUUGGGCUGUUCAUUGUCACGGUGGGCGGCAUCAUCACCAUCAUUGUCCUCGCCGGUAUGCCGGCCUCCCAUGCGUCCAAUAGGUUCGUCUGGACAGACUUCCAGAACAACACUGGAUGGAGUAGCGGGGUUGCUUUCUUGACUGGUGUUCUCAACGGGGCUUUCACCAUUGGAACGCCCGACGCUGUGACACACAUGGCUGAGGAACUUCCUAAUCCAAAACGCGACUUACCGAAGGCCGUCUUUAUUCAGCUCGGGCUCGGAUUCCUCUACGCCUGGUGCUUCGCAAUUGCCUUGUUCUACGGCGUCAACGACCUCAACGCGGUUCAGAAUAGCAACGGCUCAUUCCCCCUCGCCCAGGCUUACUCGCAAGCGACGGGCAGCCGCGCAGCAACCUUCGGCCUGCUUUUCAUCAUCUUCUUGUCACUCAUCCCUUGCUUGAUCGGGACCUUUUUGACCGUCGGACGAACGUGGUGGGCCCUUGCUCGCGACAAUGCCACGCCCUUCUCGGGCUUCUUCUCCCACGUGAACGAGAGGCUCAGCUGCCCGAUCGAAGCCACCCUCUUGACUGGAUUGUUGACCAUCGGUCUUUGCGCCAUCACCCUAGGCAGCGCGACCGCCUUCACCGACUUGGCUGGCUCCUUUGUCGUUCUCACCAGCGCCUCAUACGCCGUGACCAUCCUGCCAAACAUGCUUACGCGGAGGAAGUACAUGCCUGUUGGUCCCUUCACUUUGGGCAAGGUGGGCUACCUCAUCAACGGCCUCGCCGUCUUCUUCAUCAUCUUCUUCGACACCUUUUUCUGCUUUCCGUAUGCCCUGCCCACAACUGUGGCCACUAUGAACUAUAAUUCCGUCAUCCUCGUCGGAGUCGUCGUCCUCACGACCUUUUGGUGGUUCGUCCACGCCGUCCGCAAGUACGAGGGACCUAAUGUGGGCAAGAUGAUCCAAGCAAAUAUAAUGGAGGCACGCCGAGCGUCAAAGGUAUAG